AUGCCUAACCUUGAAGAGAGUCAGAGUUUUCAUAAUCCCAUGUCAAACCAUCCUAUUCCAUUAAGUUCUAUUUACUAUAGACUCUUUGAAAAUAUUGAGAAUCGCAUAGUUCCAAGCUACACUAUUCCUCCAUAUCAACAAAUAAGCAAGCUUUCACCACAAACACCUUUAAAUAAAAGGAGAUAUAUCCUUGGUGUAGAAAAGAUAAAAGACCAGGUCAAUGACACCCCAGUGUCUAACAGUUGCUUAACCUCAUUAUCGAAGGAUCUACACAAGAGGAGUUUCAAAGCUAUGAAGCCAUGCCAUCGAACAACAAGUGAAAGUAAUGUAUUGAAAGACAUUACUAAUAUAGCACAUCUGAGAAGAAAAAACAGGAGUUCAUCCCCAUCUACAUUUGAUGCGCCAGAUCAGUCCAUAGAAGAAGAGGAUGGAUUAGUCGGAACUGAUCUGUUUGGAGGUAGCCAAUAUUUUUUCAAGUGA